GACACGGCGACUACAGAGAGGUGGAUCUUUUUUCCCAGCCGGCGUGCCCACUAUAAAUCCUCGCGUCGUUCUGCGAAAAUCUAAGGACGAGGAACUAAGUCAAUCAACCUCUUUUUUCCUCCUUGUGUUUAGUAGAGCAAGGAGCCUAAGCAACUGUACAUUUACUCACGCACCAUCAAGAAAGCGGUUGCACGGACCACUGGUUGAUAAGUGACAUUUGGAUAACCACCUGUUUCCUGCAAACCCAGGUCUGCCCAGAAGCCUCCAAGAUGAUGCAAAUUAGCAGCGAUCCGGCCAGCAACAAGAACUCCCUCCUCAACGUGAUGCGCCGCUUCAUCGCAGCCGCCAACAACAUGGACGAGACCAUCAUGGUGCCCAGCCUGCUGAGGGACGUUCCCCUGGAGGAGCAGGAGAGCGCGCAGCCGGCCAGGGCCACGGAAAGCAACAACGAGGCGCCCUGCCCUAACAAACAGAGGGACAUGUACGAGCACUACCUGCUCCUGAAGUCCAUCAAGAACGACAUGGAGUGGGGCCUCCUGAAGAGGGAGAUGAGUGGCGGGGCCAGCUUCCUGGAAAUGGCCGUCAAGCAGGAGCAGCGGUCACACCCCGGGGGGGACUCUGAGGACGAGACCUCCGACCUGGAGGGUCAGUUCCACUACCACCUCAGGGGACUGUUCGGCGUGCUGUCAAAACUCACCGUGCAGGCGGAUCACCUCACGAACCGCUACAAGAGGGAAAUCGGAGGAGGUAAUUUCAUGAGAUAGGGCUCACAUCUGGCUGAACUCGAACUGCUUCGCUUCCAACUGGGAAGUGGUGAUCUCUUGGUCUUAGUGUGAGAGCGCAGUGGAAUGACCAGAGCAUCUACCUUCUGACUUUGAUCCUGUGUUGAGUAGUGACCCCUUUACCCCCGCGCCCCCUGCAUAGUUCCACUAAUCACAAACCAAUCUGAUUGACACCUGCACUUAUUCCUGAACGUGUGAGGUCAUGACAUCGGAUUCUUUAAACCGUGCUUUGAAUGUUCAUCUGGGUUUGUCAACAUCUAAUGCUGGUUGGCCGUUUUUGCUGUCAUGGUUUGGCGUCUAGUUCACUGGGCCCCGAUUAAAUUAAUAGGAAGUUCCCGUUGUCUUCAUUUCAAGUCCUCCCAUUUAUUUUGAGUCACUCUUAUAUCUGUGUCUGUAAUCCAUGUCUUUGUAAAUGUCUGUAAAGGUUUAACUGUAGGAGUAUUUGGAAUGCUGGUUGUUCUGUCCCUCCUAAAGGACACAAGUCUGGUCUGGUUAAAGGGCCUUUAUUUAAAUAAAGCGUUCUUGUCGCUUUCUAGUCAUCCUGAAGAUACAUGGUGUGCCUUGAAUUUUUAACUCAUUCAAGUCCUGCUCAGAUGUCUGUCUCGUCCACAUUGUCUGAAUGGAAUGGAAAUGGCGCCUGACACCCUUUUUGAAGUUGGAAGUAUUGUAAUGCCACUUUAUGUAUUAUCUUGGGAUAUUUUAAAUCUAAUUUUUGUAUUGAGCAACUUUAAAUAAAGAAUUAAACUCCUGUU